AUGUCAUACCUGUGGAUUCUGCUAUUAGGAAGCCUGCUGGCUACAAGCGCCAAGGCACAAGAUGAUGCUGCAGCUCCUGAACCUGAAGCAGCCCCAGAAGCGGCUCCUGAUGCAGAAGCAGUUCCUGAAGCAGCUCCAGAACCAGCUCCUGAAUCAGCUCCUGAAUCAGCUCCUGAAGCAGAACCAGAAGCAGCCGCAGCCCCUGAAGCAGACCCAGAAGCAGCCGCAGCCCCUGAAGCAGACCCAGAAGCAGCCGCAGCCCCUGAAGCAGACCCAGAAGCAGCCGCAGCUCCUGAAGCAGCCGCGGAGGAAACUGACAAAGCAGCCGACGAAACAGAAGCCGAGCCUUCUGCUGAACCUGAAGCCGGAGCCGAUGAUACUGUGGUCCUUGAGGCUGGUGAAGCAGAACCAGCGUCCGCUGCUCCAGCCGACACAGAGACAGAAGCCGCUGCAGCAACACCAGCUCCAGCACCUGCAGCUGAUCCAGAGGUUGAGGCUCCAAAGGCUGAGGAACCAACAGCUAAAGAAGUGGAAGCUUCCCCAAGCAGUACCGAAGCACCCACCCAGGAGGAGAGUGGACCUGGGGCAGCAGCAGAUACUGAGGAGAAGCAAACAGACCCUGCUGCUGAAGCAACAAAACCAGCCGCAGAGGAACCAAAAGUGGAGGACCCAGAGAGUCUUGACCUGGAAGAUGCUCUGACAGGAAAUGCUGCAGAGGAAAACUCAGGAAAAAGCCGCAGUAUGGGACCUGGAGCACAUGCUGCAGGCGCCUUAGGAGACGCGGGAAAACCUGAAGCCCAAGAGGCCAGCUCCGGCUCUAUAGCAGGCAUCCUGAGUGCAAUCGGUGUGGCCAUAGUGGGAGCUGCUACUGGAUAUUACACAUACCAACGGAAGAAACUGUGCUUCAAAAACAGACAAGAAGCUGAUCCUGAAGCUGUCCGCAAAGCUGAUACUGAAGGGGCUCAGGCAGAUCCCCAGGUCCUUAGCAACCUGCUAAACUCCUCCUAAAGCAGCAAUGUUCAUGACAGCUUGGAUCAACAACCGGCAAGAAAGUGGCAAUCUCACUGUUAGGCUCUAUCUGUAGAGCUAAAUUACUGUGAGGCCCGAGUAGAGCUGUGGGUGUGUGUAUGUGCGUGUGUAUGUGCGUGUCUGUGUGUGUGCGUGUGAGAGAGAGAGAGAUUGCAUUUGUAUGUUCAGUCUUGUGUGUGCAUAUAUGUGGGGAGUAAAUAUAAGAGAAUCAAAGGGGGUUUUAGGAUUGUUACUACAAAGGAAAUUAUUGAAACAAUUAGACCAUCUUUCCACUUUAAACUAAAUCAUGAAAGUGGACAUCAAAGGGAUUUAAUCUCAAA